AUGCUCAAAGCGUCCAACGUCCCCAUCGUCGACGCCGAUGUGAUUGCGCGCGAAGUAGUCGAACCUGGGAUGCCUGCGCUGGAGAAGAUUAAGAAGGCGUUUGGGGAUGACGUACUUCUUCCUGACGGCGCGCUUGACAGGAAGAAACUUGGGAGCAUCAUUUUCAACGACGAGGGCAAGCGGAAGCAGUUGAAUGCGAUAGUUCAUCCUGCUGUGAGAAAGGCAAUGCUCUGGCAAGUACUUGCGUUCUGGAUAAGAGGGCACAAGUAUUGCGUAAUGGACGUUCCUCUGCUGAUUGAAGGCGGGCUAUGGCAGUUGGUUGCUCAGGUCGUUGUGGUGUACUGCUCCGAGGAACUGCAGUUGCAGCGGCUCAUGCUCAGGGACGGAUCGUCACGCGAAGAUGCGACAUCCCGUCUCAAAUCCCAACUUCCAAUCACGGAGAAAGUUGCCUACGCUGAUAUUGUCAUCGACAAUUCUGGUUCUAAACAAGACCUCGAACGACACAUUGAUGGCCUGCUACAGAAACUGGAGAAGCAAUCAGGUUGGUCAUGGCGAUUGAGCUGGUUGGUACCGCCGAUAGGCUUGCUUAGAGCCCUUUGGAUACUAUUAUGGAGACGGGUGGCCCGUCGACCUAAACGAUCUUCAAAAUAA